AUGUCUGACUCUGAAAACAACGCGGAAGGAGAUGUGCGGCGCUCAUCUCGCCGUUGUGGAGUCAGUGCGAAGAAAACAAAAGAACUUUCGGCCAUGGAGCAGUUGAAACAAGCCCGUGCAUCAGGAAGAGCCUAUAAACCAGAUAUUGAAGUUGAGGACGUUUACGACACAGUUGACGAUGACGAGUAUGAACAAAUUGUGUCGAAACGACAAAACGAUAACUUUGUCGUUGAUGACGACGGGAUGGGCUACGUGGACACCGGGGUUGAUUUUGAAGACGACGAGUAUGGGGAUGAUUGUGAAGAUGAUGUGCCGAGAGAAUCUUCAUUUAAACGGGGAGACAAGAAAACGAAAAAAGAGAAGAAAGAUAAGAAGAAAGGAGCGAUGCAUGCUUUUUUAUCAUCGACUAUGUCCAAAAAGGCAGUUAUCGACGAGUCUAAAGUGAAAGCAAAUCUUGAAGACGAUGAAGAAUUAAAAAACAUCUUGGAGCAAUUGGAUAAGGUAGAUAGCGAUGCAGAAGUGGAAGAGCAACCGAUAAAAGUGUCAAAAAAUCCGUUCAAAAGAGGUAGAAGUGUUGAUUCUCCGACUUCUGAUGCUAUAGCUCCACGACCUAUUGUGAAGAAAUCAAAAACGUCAAAUGUGACAGGACUAGCACCCCAUCGUUUCCAAAAUUGCAAAAAUCAAGUGAUGGCGAAAAUUAUUCCGGAACCAAAAUCUGAUGAAGAUAACGACGAUGAUGAUUACGGCGUCCCCGAUUUCGACGAUCUACCACCGGUAUCUCCGAUCAAAACUGAAAUUAAGACUCCUUUGAUUUCUCCUCAAAAAGAGAAAAACUUAAAAGUUCCGCAGGAAGUUUUGAAAAUGGAAGUGGACAAUGACGAGGUAGAAACUACUGGAAGAAUAAAAGAAGUUGAGGACACUCUCGCAAAGUUCCGCGUGAUGGAAGAUGUUUGGACUGAGAAUUCUGAAGAAGAGUCAAAGGAAGCGAAUGUUGCUGAAGUAGAGACGGGAUCAGAACCAUUUUAUGUAAUGAGUGGAGAAUCCGAGGACACAAAGGCUAUUCGUAUUUAUUGGAUAGAUGCCUACGAAGAUGUUCAUAAAGCAAACGGAACGGUUUAUUUGUUUGGAAGGGUGAAAGCGAGUGCAACUUCGUGGGAAUCAUGCUCAAUUGUAGUCAAAAACAUCUGUCGGAAGGUUUACUUCAUGCCAAGAUCCCACAAUUUGAGAACAGGAGAAGAAUCGAACCUGGCUGAGUUGCAUAAGGAGAUUGGAGAUGUUCUGAAAAAUAAAUUCAAUACACACGAAUUCAAGUGUAAAAUGGUGGAGAAAGAAUUAAUCCGAGACGAAAGUUUUGGAAAUGGCGGAGGAACGAAAACACCUUUAAUGGAAGUAUUGUAUCCGGCUGACAAAGGAAAACUUCCAAGUGAUUUGAGAGGUAAUACCUUUUCACACACUUUCAACACUUCUGUUACUCCUCUCGAGCGUCUUCUUAUCGAGAAAAAGUUCAUGGGACCUGGAUGGAUUGAACUAUACAAUUAUGCGAAACCAAAAGCACCUACAACCAAUUGUAAGCACGAAUUCGAAGUUGACAUGGAGAAGAUGAGAAAUAUUAGAUAUCUGGAAGAUGAUGAUUUGGAGAAAAUGAAAGUGUCUGCUAAUUCAAACUUGGCGAUACCUUCAAUCAAGCUUUUUGCAUUGAACAUUGUGACAACAUUAAAUGAAAAGAAGGAAAAUGAGAUUUGUAUGAUUUCUGUGUUGAUCAAUCCAAAAUGUGAUUUGAGCCACCCAAGUGGUGAUCCUAAAAAUUUCCAACGCAAAUGCUUGAUCACCAAACCAUCCGGAGGAUCUCUUCCGUAUGACAUCCAAAAACGACUCGAGACUGGUCACAUUUCGAACUGUGUUCAAACUAUCGCAAAUGAAAAAGCACUUCUCACUCGUUUCCUCGCCUUAAUCAAUGAACAAGAACCUGAUAUGGUAGUUGGUCAUGAUUUAUCUGCCACGAUUGCACUUCUCGUAUCUCGUCUUGAAAAAUUGAAAUUGCCAAAUUGGUCGAGGAUAUCUCGUCUCAAACGUUCCAUCAAUAUCGGAAAACUGGGGCAUUCAAAAUCUGGACAAUGGGAGUUGACUGCAGGUCGGCUCAUGCUUGAUUCCAAAUUAGCCGCAAUGGAACUUGUUAAAUCAAGAAGUUUUGAUUUAACUGAACUUUCGCAACAAAUUCUUCAAACGACUCGGAGAGAGAUUUAUUCAAGCGAAAUUCCACACCUCUAUUCCGAGUCAAAAGAUUUAAUAAGUCUUAUCAAUUGGUCUUGGCAUGAUCUUCUGCUCUCGAUUCGACUGGUCAAUCACCUCAACGCUCUUCCCCUUUAUCUACAAAUUUCACAAAUUGUUGGUGGCAUUACAUCAAGAACAAUGAUGGGAGGACGAGCUGAAAGAAACGAAUAUCUAUUGCUACAUGCUUUCGAAAAGGCUGAUCUCAUUGCUCCUGAUAAAUACAACUCUUUCGAUGCUAAAAAGAAAAAGGAACAAGAAGCAGAGGAUAAUGCUGAAGUGACAGAAGAGAAAAAGAGCGGAAAGGCUCAAUAUUCAGGAGGAUUGGUGUUAGAACCAAAAAAAGGGCUUUACGAAACCCUCAUUCUGUUGCUAGAUUUCAAUUCAUUGUAUCCUAGUAUCAUCCAAGAAUACAAUAUCUGUUAUACAACGUUGGAGUAUGCAAAAGACAGCGACGAGCAACUUUCUGUUCCUCAAAACACCGAUAUCGAAGGAGUUCUUCCACGUGAAAUCCGAAAACUGGUUGAAUGUCGUCGGAAUGUGAAGGGUCUCAUGAAAACCGAGCGUAACGAAGCGAAAAGAAAACAGUUAGAUAUCAGGCAGAUGGCUUUGAAACUCACUGCAAAUUCCAUGUACGGAUGUCUCGGUUUUCAGUAUUCUCGGUUCUAUGCCAAACCACUUGCUGCAUUAGUUACAGCUAAAGGAAGAGAGAUUCUUAUGCAUUCAAAAGAUCUCGUGGAGAAAAUGGGAUAUUCUGUUGUGUACGGAGAUACUGAUUCUAUUAUGAUUAACACAAAUUCGGUUGAUUUGGGGGCAGCGAAAAAGUUGGGAUCUGAAAUCAAAAAAGCAGUGAAUAAGUGUCAUCGUUUAUUGGAGCUCGAUCUCGAUGGAGUGUUCAAAAGAAUGUUGUUGCUGAAGAAGAAGAAGUAUGCCGCUUUAACAAUCAAUCCUGAUACCAGAGUGGAAGCGAAAGAAUUGAAAGGACUGGAUAUCGUAAGAAGAGAUUGGUCUCAAUUAGCCAAAGAGACGGGAACAGCGGUCGUCGACAAAAUCCUUGAUACUUCACUGACUCGCGAUGAAAUGAUUUCAUCAAUUGAUGAUCUUCUCAAAGAAAUUCGUCAAAAACUGGAUUCAGGGACUAUUCCAUUGGAAAUGUUCCAAAUCAGUAAACAGUUGACCCGUAAUCCAGAACAAUACUCAGAUGUCAAAGCACAAUCUCACGCAGCAGUUGCCCAACGACUCAAUAAAAGCGGAAAGUUUCACUUCAGGCACAAUGAUAUUGUCGAGUACGUGAUUUGUGACGAUGGAUCAGAUAAUGCUGCAACUCAGAGAGCUUAUCAUCGUACUGAAAUGAUUGAUAACAAAGAUCUGAAAAUAGAUCUUCUAUACUAUCUUGCCCAACAAAUUCAUCCUGUAGUCUCUCGUCUCGUUGAGCCAAUCGAAGAAACUGAUGCUAGUUAUGAACUUUGCGAGGGAGUGAUUGUGGUUUGUCCAUAUGCAGAAUGCGGAGAAACUAAUGUAAUUCGAGAGACAUUUGAUAGUACGACUGAUCCUACAUGCCCUCGUCUUUUGCUUUCCGGUUGUUCAAAAUGCGAUAAAUCAUGGGAAUCCUCAGAACACCAGGCGGUCAUUUUCAAUCAAAUUGAUCGCCAACUGGGUGAAUUCGUAUCCAGACAUCAUGCCGCUGCAUGCGAUGAACCUACUUGUGAAUUCAAAACAAGAGUUCGAACAAUGAAAUGGUGUCGUGAAGGAUUAGAAUGCGUUCGUUGUUCUACUGGUGUUCUUCGUCGAGAAUAUACUUCCAAGCAACUCUUCGAUCAACAGAUGUUCUUCCGCCAAAUUUUUGACGUCGAGACUGCUAUCCGCAAGUUGAGCGAUUCACAGAAGAAAGCGUCAGAGAAUCGUGACCGUCAGCGCUUCACGGCAUGUCGUAUUGAUUCUAUGGAGAUCGUUAAUCGGAUCACUAAGAAGUAUCUUGAGCUCAACUCCUACAAUCGUGUGGAUCUUUCUUAUAUUUUUGCUCCAAUGCUAAAAAUUUAG